AUGGAGGAAACAUGGGUGCCAAAGAGGGCAAGAGAAGAAGCCCAAGUGGAGGAAAAAGACUUGGACUUUGAACAAGACUACUCCUCAAAGAGGCACAAACCCUACACCCACAUCCUUUCUCUGCUUGACUCAGAGGAAGAGGACUCCACACAAGACCUCUCACCUCUCAUCACAACCCUCCAACAAGAAAUCACUUCAGCCUCCAACAACGAUAAUUCCCAAGAUGCCCUUUUGGUGUGCCCAAGUCAAGAAAAUGACCAAGACACCCUCCCAUCAAUCAAUGGCUUAGAGAAUGGAACAACAACAACAUCACAACAAGUGGUGAAGGAAGAGGAGGAGAGUGACAAGGAGAGGGUCAUGAGACACCUACUCCAAGCCUCGGAUGACGAGCUUGGGAUUCCAAAUACUGGGGAUGGGAUAUUUGGGUUUGUUGGAGAACAUGAGCUCAAUAGUGAACAUGGGUUUUCAUCCUUGUGUGACAAGUUGUGGGAGCUUGAAGAUGAGAGAGCUAAUUACUAUGCUUUCUUGCAAUCUGAACUCUUCCUAGGGGGACAUUAG